CUGACCAUUGUUGUUGAGUACGCCCCUAACGGCUGUCUGAAGGACUGGUUGAAGAACAACUCUGCUGAAGCCAUGAGCGGCCACUCAGAGUACCAGAACCGUCCCGUUCACGUUUCAGAACUUCCAAUGGAACAACUCAUACAGUUUGGCAUCGAUGUAGCUGCUGGGAUGAGCCACCUAGCGGCUAUGCAGUGCGUUCACCGUGACCUCGCAGCGAGAAACAUCUUACUUGGAGAGCGGUUAGUGGCGAAGGUGUCUGACUUUGGACUGUCAAGGGACAUCUUCGAAAGUGAAGAAUACGUUAAGAGUACAAUGAGCAAGCUUCCGUUGCGAUGGAUGGCCUAUGAGUCACUGUUCUACAGUGUGUACACAACUCAGAGUGACAUCUGGUCGUUUGGUGUUCUCCUGUGGGAGAUCAUGACCAUGGGGCAUCUGCCAUACGAAGGGAUGAGGGGUAAACAGAUGAUGGACAUGAUCAAAGAUGGCGGCCGACUGGAGCAGCCUUUGCACUGUCCCGAUGAACUCUUUGCGGUGAUGCAAGACUGCUGGAAGACUCUACCAGAAGACAGACCCACCUUCCCUCAGCUGAAAACCAACCUGGACAUGAUAAUUCAAGCACACAAGAUGUACUAA